AUGACGCUGCUUUCUGUGUUUGUCUCUGUAUCCUCAGAGUCCAGAGGACAGGUCACAGUGACUCAGCCUGCAGCAGUGACCUCUGCUCCAGGAGGAAACGCACAAAUCAGCUGUAGUGUCAGUCAGAAUGUGUAUAAUAAUGACUUCUUAUCCUGGUACCAACAGAAGGAUGGAGAAACUCCUAAUCUGCUAAUUUAUCAUGCUAACAGUCGACAAUCAGGGAUAUCAAGUCGUUUUUCAGGCAGUGGAUCUGGAUCUAGUUUCACUCUGACCAUCAGUGGAGUCCAGACUGAAGAUGCAGCAGUUUACUACUGUCAGAGUUAUCAUGACAUCAACAGUCAAGCUGUGUUCACACAGUGA